GAUUUGAAAAUAAUCUGCGUGUCAGUGUCGCCUUUCUUAUGCAAAGCAGCUGUCUUUGAAGGCGGAUCUCUUGGCAGGUUAGACCGGGACGGAGGCUCCGACCGGCUCAGACGAGCAAAGCCACCAAACGCAUCGAACGUCUGCCCUGGGGAGGAGCGUAAACCCUGCGUUUCGGGACACACUAUCGCCGAGGAUCGUCUCUUUUGUUGUAUCUCACUUGUUUUAUGUAGAUCAAGUGUUUUACGCAAAGGGUUGAAGGAGGAUCGUUUGGUUUCUUUUAUUUUUCUUUUAAUUUUUCUUUUUUUUAAGUUGUUUCUCACGGACUGGAGUCGCACUGCAGCGCGCACGGAGAGCACCCAAUGCCAAUAAAGAGUGCGGAAACGUGGAGGCGGACCAAACAGAAAGGAAACUAAUAAGCGCAUGGGGUAAUUUCAUGCACGGCGUCAGAGAGAAGUAGCAAACGGGCACUUCAUCCUCCAAAGUAAAUGUUUGGGAGAGCAUGGACCUGACAGCGCGCUUACGGCCAGGAAACAGUCUCUCCAUCGCGGGAUUUCUGUUUUUGUUCAGCUCUGCAACUCUAAACUGAGAAGAGGAUGAUAUUGCAGUGGAUUGCUAACACAGAAGAGAGGAUGUGUUCAGCCGGGAAACUGAGCCUGCUCCCAGUGGUCUCGCUUCUGCUGCUGCUGUGGGGCAAGGGCAGCUCCUCCAUCAGCUCUAUAGAUCCUGACUGGUCGGGAGAGGGGAGAUGUCAGCACAUCAACAUCCCAAUGUGCAAGGACAUUGGCUACAACAUGACUCGGAUGCCGAACCUCAUGGGCCAUGACAACCAGAAAGAGGCUGACCUGAAGCUGCAGGAGUUUGCGACGCUCAUCCAGUUUGGAUGCCACAGUCACCUCAAGUUCUUCCUUUGCUCGCUGCAUGCUCCCAUGUGCACGGAGCAGGUGUCGAACCCCAUCCCGGCGUGCAGGGUCAUGUGCGAGCAGGUCAAGCUGAAGUGCUCCCCGAUUCUGCAGAGAUUUAAUUUCCCCUGGCCCGACUCUUUGGACUGUUCGCGUCUUCCGACCAAAAACGACCCAAACAACCUGUGCAUGGAAGCGCCCAACAACGGCUCCGACGAGCCCCCCAAGGUGUCCCACACUCAGCCUCCAGACUUCCGGCCGCAGCAACCUCUGAGUGGGCAGGACCUGCACCUUAAGGACAGCGGCAGCAAACAGACGUGCAAUCCGGGCAAGUUCCACUUUGUGGAAAAAAGUCAGUCCUGUGCCCCGAAGUGCUACCCCAAAGUGGACGUAUACUGGAGCCAGGGAGACAAGCAGUUCUCCCUGGUGUGGAUGGCCAUCUGGUCUAUCCUCUGCUUCGUCUCCAGUGCCUUUACUGUACUCACGUUCCUCAUUGACCCGCAGAGAUUCAAGUACCCAGAAAGGCCAAUCAUCUUCCUCUCCAUGUCCUACUGUGUUUAUUCUGUGGGCUACCUAAUUCGGCUUUUUGUGGGAGCUGACCGAAUAGCCUGUGACAGAGACAACGGGGUGCAGUAUAUCAUUCAGGAGGGUCUGGAGAGCACCGGGUGCACCAUUGUCUUCCUCAUCCUGUAUUAUUUUGGCAUGGCCAGCUCCCUCUGGUGGGUUAUCCUAACCCUAACCUGGUUCCUGGCGGCAGGCAAGAAGUGGGGCCACGAGGCCAUCGAGGCCAACAGCAGCUACUUCCACCUGGCGGCCUGGGCCAUCCCGGCCGUGAAGACCAUCAUGAUACUGGUGAUGAGGAAGGUGGCCGGCGACGAGCUGACGGGCGUCUGCUACGUGGGCAGCAUGGAUGUCAAAGCUCUCACGGGCUUUGUGCUCAUCCCUCUCUCCUGCUACCUCAUCAUCGGCACCUCGUUCCUGCUGUCUGGAUUCGUGGCCCUCUUCCACAUCAGGAAGAUUAUGAAAACCGAGGGGGAGAACACGGACAAGCUCGAGAAGCUGAUGGUGCGCAUCGGCGUUUUCUCCGUCCUCUACACCGUCCCGGCCACCUGCGUCAUCGCCUGCUAUUUCUACGAGAGACUCAACAUGGACUAUUGGCGUAUCCUCGCCGAGGAGCAGAAGUGCGUGGACGGCGGCGGGCCGGAGUCGGACGAGUGCGUCAUGAAGGCCUCGAUCCCCGCCGUGGAGAUCUUCAUGGUCAAGAUCUUCAUGCUGCUGGUGGUGGGCAUCACGAGCGGCAUGUGGAUCUGGACCUCCAAGACGCUGCAGUCGUGGCAGAACGUGUUCAGCAGGAAGCUGAGGAAGAGGACAACGAGGAAGACGGCCAGCGUCUUCACCAGUAGCAGGCCUUACAUCAAGCCUCACCCAUCCCUCAAAGGCCACAACACCAAGUAUGAGCCGACGCGGCCGCCCCCGACAUGUGUGUGAAAAAAGCCGAAGCGGACUCUUUAAAACCCUAAGCAAGACUUAUCAAAGAGCCAUUAAAAGCACUGAGGUUCAUGUUUUAUUUAUGCCUCAUGCAUUGAGAACAUACAUGAUUCUUUUCUCUCUUUUUUUUUUUGUAUUUUCUGCAAUGUCACCCAACAAGAGCAGCCUUUGUUUGAGAAAAAAUCUGCUACUCCUUUACUCGCUUGUCCUUUUGAGGAACUUGGAAUAAGAAAAAAAAGAAAUCCUAUUGUUGCCUAGACAAAAAGAGUGGAGUAAACCGUUUGGAUGUGCCACGGCGUUAUUCGAAUAAUGUGCAAUAGAUAUUUUCCUUUCUGGCUAAAAGACACUUGUACUGUUGGUGACAGAUUACAGACAAUGUUAGGGCCCCAGUAGACAAUGGAGGCGAAUGGUCAGAGAGAUGAGUGCUGUUUCCAGGCUUUUUUCAUGGAAAUUCAGCCUGUGUCAUAUAUGUUUGAACUGGACUGAAAGCAGCUUUUGAAAGGCGCUCAAGAUCCUUAUGAAACAGCCAUUGUGAGGGCGAACCCUCGCCAUAAAUUAAUCAAGCACUCGACAUUGAAAAGAGAUUUGUCCACGAUGGGGUAUUUUAUUUUUUUGUUAUUUGUUUUUUUUUUCAUUGCUUUGCUGUUUCAUAGCACAAAGGAGUGUUUGUAUAUAUUUCUAAAAAAAAACGUGAUAUUUUAUAGAAAAAUUAAUAAAAAAAAACCAUCUAGUUUAAAA